GCUGCGGUACUAUAACAUGGCGGCUCGCACAAGCUCCUUGCAUUCCGAAACUGCAAAUGUAGCGCCGGAGAAUGUUGAAGGCGUCCCCCGUAAUGCCUGGAUGGUGAGGCCAUGCGAGUGGUACAGCGAGGAGCUUUCAGACUGCAAAAGUAUUAGAGGACGGUUCCAUCAGUACUUCAUCGACGGCACCACACUAGACUGCAGUCAGUGGCGAAAAGACUUUGACAACUGUAUGCUUUGGAGAAAAAAGAAGGACAUCGGUGCCCUAAAUGCUGUGGUGAAGAGUGAAGAGAAGCGGAAGCAUGACCGUCUAAAAGCCAGUCGAGACAACGACGUCUGGCAGCUGAGGUCUGAGCCUCCCGAAGACUGGAAUGCACCUGUGCCUGACUGGAUGGCGAAGAAGUUUGAGCAGAGUUAUAUUGCUCUGACUGCAAAGAACGAGCAAGAAGGCAAGAGUUCCUGCUGCAUCUCGUGACAGCUGACGCUGCCUGUCUCGUUGCAUUUCACAGACUAGAUAGAUAGGCUGAAUAAACGAUAGUAGGUUCUUCA